UGUACUGAAAAAAUCUCGGCCCAUUUCGGAUCAACCAGCUUAUCGAGCGGCGAGGAGGCGAUGCCGAGAGUGGCACCGCGUUUACCACUGUGCGGCGGCCUCCUCUGCCGGACAUGGCGGCGUGGGUUCUCGGGCGGCCUCCGCGUGGUGCCAUCUGAUGCUGCAGGGAGCCAGAGCCGCGGCGGCCUCCCUCGCUUCCACUCCCCCUUGCUUCUUCCCUCUAAGGGAAAUGUUGUGCGGAUCCAAGGUGACGAGUUCUGGCACAUGUCUAAGGUGCUGCGCCUUGGACCAAACGAUAGGGUGCAGCUUUUUGAUGGGAAAGGUGGUUUAGUUGAAGGUUGUAUACAGAGUGUCAGUCGAGCUGGUUUAGAUAUCAUGGCUGUAGAAGAGCCUCAAGUUGUUCCUCCGCAAGGUAUUCAAUGGCAUGUAUAUGCUGCUUUUGGGACCUUGAAAGGUGGUCGUGCAGAUUGGCUUGUUGAGAAGUGCACUGAACUGGGAGCUAGUAGUGUGACCCCCAUUUUAACGGAGAGGUCACAUACCAUUGCAGAAAAUCGGGUAGAACGUUUGGAGCGUGUUGUAGUAGCUGCUGCCAAGCAAUGUCAGAGACUACACCAAAUGACUUUAAAUCCUCCUUUGAAGCUUCAAAAACUUUUGUCACUUGUUUCAGAGUCAAAGCUUGCCUUUCUUGCUUCAGCAGAAGAAACUCCCCUUAUGAAUGUCUUAUAUCAUUCAACAGCCCAAGAGAGUGGAAUUCUGAUUGUUGGACCAGAAGGGGUUCUUCGGAGUCCCACUGUUUCCAAUUCCCUUGAAAUAAAUUCACUGCAAAGGAUAGUAUGGAAUGGAAGGGAACAAAGGGUGGAGCGACUGGGAACGUAAACUUCCCCAAGGGGUGAUCAACUAUUUACAGGGGAGGAGACAACUACAUAUUGGGGUGGAAGAAGUGAAAGUAGACGGGGGAGGUGGCAUUACAAAAUUGAGCUUGCAUAUAGGAGGAGAGAGAGGAGGGAUGAUACAAUUGCAAGAGAGGAGUUUGUUGUUUGUGGGCAGAGAGAAUUGCUUUAUUUUUUUCACGAAAGAGCCAAGGGAAGCAACGUGCAGAAGAAAGGGGGAGGUGAUCUGUGCAAUGACAAUGGACUGUGAUAAGGUGCAGAAGAAGGGGGAGGUGAUCUGUGCAAUGACAAUGGACUGUGAUAAGGUGAGGAGGGUAAACGAGGAACGAAAUUCGGCUCAAAUACCAUAGUAUAAUACUAGAGAAAUCUGGGUGCAACACUUGCAAUCUCACUAAAGCCUUCGUGUUCUCACAAAAGAGGAGAUUAAAUGAUAGAUUAGAAAGCUUGUAUUAGAUUUGACUAUCAUAACAAUGUGAUGGAAUGCUUUUUCAAUAUACUUUUACGAUAAUCUGGUCGCUCUA